AUGCUCGCCGCCGCGCCUCGAUGUGUUCCCGCGCGCGCGCGUGGGCGCGUCGCCCGCGACGGUCGACGACGCGCCUGGUCGACGACACGCGCGUCGACGACGCCAUGCGCCAAGGGCAAGGGUGCGCCCGCGGACGCGAGCUCGAACGACGUCGACCCCGAAGAGAUCGAACUGGACGCCAUGGAACGCAUGGAGAAGACCAUGGACGCGAUCGCGAACGAUUUCUCCACCGUGCGCACGGGAAGAGCGAACGCGAGCGUGUUGGAUCGCAUCGAGGUUGAUUACUACGGCGCGGCGACGCCGCUGAAGACGAUCGCGAACGCGUCGACGCCGGACGCGCAAACGAUCGUGAUUCAACCGUUCGAUAAGGGUGCGAUUAAAGAUAUUGAACGAGCGAUCAAUGAGAGCGAUCUCGGGAUGACGCCGUCGAACGAUGGGAACGUGAUUCGCUUGAACGUACCGACGCUCACGGAGGAGCGAAGGAAAGAGUUGGCCAAGCUCGUGAGCAAACUCGGGGAGGACGGGAAGGUGGCGCUGCGAAACGUUCGUCGGGACGCGAUGAAGGCGUAUGAAAAAUUGGAGAAGGACAACGCGUUGGGUGAGGAUGAGAUUGCGAAAUUGAAAAAGUCGAUGGAGGACCUCACGAGCGCGUACGUGAAAAAAGUGGACGAGGCCACCGCGGCGAAAUCCGCCGAGCUCUCCAAGGUUUAG